AUGUUUCACUUGCAAAAUGGAUGUUUUUUGGACCUACGCAGUUAUCCAGAAAAACAUCUUCAGCAAUCCGCAAUAAAUUUUCCGUAUUUUAAUAACUCUUUAUUAUUUCCGAUCAUUAAUAUUGCUGAUAAUAUUAAUUUUGUCCAAUUAACUGCUGGUGUAGUCGCAAAAUCUACUGAUUUGGAUUCACCACAUUCUUCAGAUUAUGUACCAGAUAAUAAUAAAGUGGUAGGAACACUUAAGUCAAAUACAGAAUGCCAACCUGAUAUUAUUGGAGAUGGUUUGGUAGAUUCUAUUCAAACUGUCAAGGAGAAAGUUUUGCCUUUUCUAAGUGUUGAUAUGACCUCAAAAGUAGGUAGAGCUAAGGAAUUUAGAUCUCUAUCUACUCCUGAAUCUUCAUUUUGUGAGUCUUUGUUCCAAACGUCUAGAAAUAAAAAAAUAAGAAAAUCAAAGCAAUUGAAAGUAAACAAAAUAUCUGUGAAUAAUACUUUGGACUCUUGUGAGUUGUCUAAGAAUGGUCCUUUUCAAAUGUGUAGAUUAUCACUUAAAGGUAUUUACUAUGAUAGACGUAAUCAUGGCUGGCAGGUAAGGAUUAGAAAACGUCGAACUGAGAUAUCACGUUAUUUUUCUGCAAAACGUUAUGGUGUUGAGCAAUCAUAUGAGAUGGCUCUAAAGUUUUAUCAUAUGCAUAUUAUUGGAAAUAAUCCGGGGAUUUUAGAAACAAAUAGUAAGAAGAAAUAUAAUUAUGAUGCCAUUAAGUCCCAAACUUCUGGAUUAGGUCCAACAAAUACAUCAAUUAAUAAGAUAUCCAGUAGUUUUUAUACCAAAGAUAAAUCUUCAGAAAUAGUUAAUUUUGAUCUAUGGAAAAAUAUUACAGUUAAUUCUGUUUUAACUGAAGCAGAUAAUCUUUGGCGUGGACUUUAUUAUGAUAAUAGAAGCCAUGGGUGGCAAGUACGACAUAGAGUUGAAGGGACUGAUUCUAGCAAAUUUUUCAGUUCUUCAAAAUAUGGGGAAAUAGAUGCUCUUGCAAUGGCUUUACAACAUAAAUUAUCAUUUUCUAAUUUAUUUUGUAGCAUAGAACUAAUUAAAAGUCUUAUUGUUAAGCAUAUAUAUAAAAUGGAGGAUUUAAUUUAUUCUUCGAAAUAUGCUACAAAUAAGAUAAUUAUUAAUGGCAAUGAAGGUUUUGUUUCUUCAAAUGAUAAAAAUGAAAUUGACUUUAGUGUCUUCAGUACUAAAUCUCAUAAUGCUCUUAAUGUAUGUUGUCAAAAGCUCAGAAAUCCAGAAUACUCUUGUUUUUCACAUGAAUUAAUGCAAUUAGCCGUUACACAGGUACGAAGUAAAUAUCCCGAAAAGGUAUCUGUGAAUACUUCCUUUAUGAAGUAUCCUUGUAUUGUACAAUUCUUUCCAACUUCUGUUCAGUAUCAGAACUUGGUUAAUCAAUACUUCAUUUGCGGCAUGUAA